AUUGCUUUUGGACAUCCCCUUGGCAUUGUCGUUCACAUCAUCUUUCAAAACUCAACGAACUUCAUGCAACAAAAGAGGGCAAAAUCGCUCUGCAAAGAAAAUUACCAUUUACAGAAAAACAAGAGUACAUCAAGAGAAGCAAAAAUGUGAUCAAGCACAGGCCUAACUUCCAGAAGUCGAGAAAAUGGCUGCCAACCCAUGCCCAAGAAGAGUUCGCUCCUUUUCAUCAAGCAACUUACAUGCAACAAAACGAAUCCAUGAGUAUAUUGUGAACCAAGAAAAGGCUUUUGACCAAGGGGUUAAUUUGAGAAGAGAAGUUACAAAAUCAUCAAUGAUCAUUCCAACCAUGAGCAAAAUGCAAGCUGUAAACCCUCGUCUACCUAGUUAUACUUUGCAACUGGUCGCUGAUACACCAGCAUUGAGAGAUUUAGAGGACAAAGGAAUAAUCAACUGGUACCCUCAGGCAAGGUCGCUUUUGCCAAUGAGUGUUGAUUCAGAUGGAAAUUGUCUCCUUCAUUCAGUGUCAGUUUAUAUCUGGGGGGUCCAUGACAGAAACCUGAAUCUCAGAAGAUUUCUUUAUAAAAGGAUGGAUGCAGAAGAUAGAUUUGAGGGAAAAAUGUAUCUUCGAUGGAAACAUGAACAAGAAAGGCCAUUAAGAGGACUGCAAAUUGAUUUUGAAUCAGGAGAAGUAAGAAAAGAUUGGGACUAUGUUGUGUUUGCUGCUUCAGAUGUUGAAUUCCCAAGGGGAAAUCAGGGGUUGAAGUACUUUCCACUUGAAGACAUUCAUAUUUUUGCCUUGAGUAACAUUUUAGCCAGGCCGAUAAUUGUGUUGAGUGAAACAACAUAUCAUGGAUUACAAGGAAAAUCAUUACAGCCAAAUAAUAUUAGUGGUAUCUAUCUCCCAUUACUUAGAAACGCAACAGAGUGUGAGAAGUCACCUGUCAUCAUUGGGUAUAAUCAUGAUCAUUUUAUGCCUCUUUUGAGUGGGGAAGACCAAGAAAUGGUUCUUUCAAAGAGGCAGAUUCAUCCAGAUGCACAGCAUUGUGUGCCUUUGGUGCACAAAAACGUCAGUGUUCUUCCAGUUAAAUUUACCAUGCCAGCAGAGUCGGACAAUGAUCUAUUAAACACAUACUUAGACUGUUUCAACAUUCAAAUUAAUCAGAAUCUACAACCAGCUGCCUUGAUAAAAUUCAAGUCACCUCCUGCCUGGUCAAUUGAGUUAAUGUGGAGUUUGUUUUCCAAAGCACAAGAGACAUUUUCUUCCUUUGUACCAGCCAAUUCUUCUUUUGAUCAAAUGGAGAGAAAACCAAAUGCAACUCCUAACAAUGCUGCUUUUAUAUUCAAUCCUCAAGACACAUCUCCACAAAGCACAGAACCAUUUAUAGGCAAAAAGGAACUUACAAGGACAGGCUCUGCUAAGAUGCAGAGUUCUUUUGUGCGAGUUGACAAAGUUCCGAGAAACCCAUGCAUAAGACAUAAAGUUGGUUGUCUUAAUGCUGGAGAAGAGAGGUUAAACAACCUUUGUGAAGGAUGCUAUGAUGUUUUUGUACUUGGGAAUGAGUCAUCAGCACCUAUCAGUAAAAUGCAGGAAAAAUCAGAAGUUCAUUUAAUUCCAGCUAAAAUCAAAAUAGAUGCAGAGAACCACAAAAAAUUGUAUAGACAAGUUUCACCACCAGGGAGUCAUUUUAAGAAAUGUAUAAUAACUGGCUGCACUAACAAGGGAAGCAGCAAUACUUAUGAUUUGUGUAGAGAAUGCUUCCAUACAAGGUUCAAGGUUCAAGUGCAAAAAGAAGACGGUUAUGGUACCGAAGAACAGAAGGAGGGCAAAAGCCCUAGCCCUUCAUAUCCAGAAUGCAAAGAUACUUUCAAAAUGUUGUGCGAGAGUCCUGGCUGCCAGGAAGAAAUUGUUUCGGGCACUGGUAAAUGUAGGAUACAUUUAAAUGAACAGGUUCCACAAGGCUGCAUCAUAGAUACAUGCAACAACAAAGCUAUUGACAAUGAACGUCUUCUCUGUGGCGAGUGCUUGAAAAAACAAGAAGAGAUUGCAGUUUCUCAAGAUAGAAGGCUUUCAAAUGAAUUUCAGGCACCAACAAUUUAUCCGUCUUUCAGCAAAGUCCCCAGUGGCUUUGUUCCUACAGUUUCUUCACGUAUAUCUUAUGAAGCAGCUGAAAUGCCUAAUUGGCAAAGCACAGCUGGAAGUAGGUUGCCAGAAAAAACUGGUAUAUGUAGGGAAACACACUGUGAACAUUUUGCUGCCCCAGGAAAGCAGGACUUAUGUAAUGAAUGUUUUGACUUGAAAAUCCAGAUUACUCAGGCAGAACAUAAAAGUCAGGAGUGCCGAACAUUUGGCUGUAAAAGGCAAGGUCAACCUGAAUUAAUGUAUUAUUGUCGUCCCUGCUUCUUGGCACCUACUAAAGAAAGAGACAGCAAUGAAAUGGCCAGAAAUGACCAGUUCUCUUUAGAAGCAGGUGGUAACACAGUGUCUCAAAGAAAUUUGUGUUUUGGAGACAGAAUGGUACAUAUGCCACAAGCAACUGAGAAACAAGUACCUUCAAAUCAAAAUGGACUAUUCAAAUCCACUACAGAUCAACAGAUGUCUCAAAGAAUGUUCUCCUUGGAACGGCCUCAGUAUGUUAACAUGCCUAACCCAUCCGGCCUAGCUAUGCAGCCACCCUCUUCAGAUACAGGCAUUGUAAAUCAUGGAUAUGAGGCCGGCCUAUACUCGAUGGCUGAAGUAGGACCACCACAGAGAAAAUGUAUUGCAGGUGGUUGUACAAAUCCUGGAAAAGUUGCCUACAACAACCUGUGUGACGACUGCUAUCAGAAGGCUGUUAGAGAAGAACGUCAGAUUCUAGAAGCAAAUGAAGAAAGAAGAAAAGUGGCUGAAAAGACAAGGAAUGACAAGCUCCCAUCAGACAGCCCAUAUCUGAAUCCGAAGCCAUGUAAAACGAGAGGCUGUCCCUACUUGAGUGAAUCCACAGGGCAAGGAUACUGUGGACGCUGUUCAGGACAGGUGGGGAGAGAGCCCCCAAGCCGUGAACCUUUGAGUGGUGGAAGAAACCGAGAAGCAUCACCAGAGAAUGCUGACAGACCUCCACCGAUUCAUGCAAGAGACCCUGUUAGACAGCAAAGAGUGUCUGAGAACAUAAGGCACCCUCAAAGGCAAAAUCGAAUGUGUGUGAAAUCUUUCUGCGAAUUUUAUGCUAGUGGUGAAUUCGGUCCUUACUGCUCCAAAUGCUUUUUGGAACAGACAAAGAAUGAGACUACAGGUCUAUUAGAUUCAGAUUCCUCUGUGUACGGGCAGUAUGGAGAUAUGGAUCGACAAUAUCUUGGCCUAGGUAGGAGCCAAAUUGUAGAAAAUGACCAGCCAUCGUUAUGCAAAAGGAGUGGAUGUGAUCUGUACGGUAGGCCAGAAAGAAAUGGAUACUGCAGUCAAUGUUACAAUAGAAACGUGAUUAAUUAGAUAGUAAAAAUAAUGUCUUACAUUUUCUCUUCUUUUCUCUUUGAUGAAAGACUAAUGCAUAUCAAUGUCUCCAUUUUAACUAUGGUAGUAACUAUCUAUCUUAAUUCAUUGUGAUAGCGUGUUAAUGAAAUCCAGCGUGUUUAAUGUUUAACGAAGUAAAUUCAUCUGUGUGCGAAAGGUUGUAUUCUUAUGCAUACCUGUUUAGUUUUGAGACCCGUUUCCCUAUUGAUUUAAACACACUUCUCGCUACAGUUAAUUGCAGAGUAUCUUGUAGCAUAUAUAUCAUGACCGUUGUUUAAUAAAUAUUGCCGUUAUGUUAAAUUAAUGCCUUAGAUCUUGUAGUACCAUGUCAGUUUAAAGGGGGGGGGGCAAAUUUAUUUCUAAAUAGUAUUUUUAUUCAGUUGAUUUGAUAUGAUAUAGCUGUUCUGCCCCUCUUGGCUGGCGGGACAUUAUCUUAAUGUCGCUUGAUUUGCAAACUUGCAUUUGUUGCUAUGGUUACAUCGAACAUGCCUUUGCGUGAUGUUGGUUACUACGAACGAAGGGAUCCCUAUUUUAGAAACACCGGCAUAUCAUCUUUGAUUUGCACCAUAGGUUUCAAUUCUUUUAUUGGCUAAGCUUUCUGAUUAUAUGUCCCCACUUUUUUGCAAAACAGUAGUGCUUUUUUCAAAAUCUUUUGUUAUGAUUGUGAAAUUUUCCCUUGGCCCACCCACUUUCCAACCUGCGUCGGAGCCCAUACAUAGAUUAGAGUAUCACAUGCAAUCGAGCAGCUUUUCGUAAGUAUUUCUAUAUUUCUAAAUACUCUAUGACAAUGUCGCCCUUUAGUAGAAGAUACCUGUUGUACAAAAAAAUAGAUCGCAGUAAUAUCAAUUUUACUUUUUUCUCAAGCAUUCGAUACAGUCGAUAACGAUGUAUUGAUAAAAUCUUAUGUGUAAAUGGAAGAAGAUGCUAAGCAGGAGGACUGGUUUUAAUCCUACUCAGAUAAUAGAAGACAAUUCUGCUCUCUUAAUUGUCACAACUCAAAAGCCAGAGCCCGUGGAAUUCAAGCGCGCCAAAGGAAGAACGAGUGGAGGUCUUACACGGAUCAAAAAGGAUUUUACAAAAUUCGAAAAAUAUCAAUCCACAAUCGCAACUAUGUAAUGUCUAUUAUGUGUUCAUUAUCUGGGGAAGCCUUUUGAGUACAUAAACUAGCUGCUCCCCAGCGCCUUCAAAAGCAGGCUUGGUACUCAGUAGCAAACGUAACAAUAAAGAGCUUGUCGGUUAAAAGUAGAAAAUCUUGUUCGUCACGAUAGGAAGUUACUUAAUAAAUUAUAAACAGAUUAUGCCAGAAAAGCAUAUAUGAUAAAUACAAGCCGAGUUCUUUCCAUUUGUUCGACAAUUCGGGGAAAUGUGAAAAACCCCAGAUAUAGGAUAGAAUUUGCGAAAAGGCUUUAAUUACACGGAUGCCAAAUUAUGGAAUGAUACACUGCUUGAAGUUCGUAAGCUGCCAGUCAUAGAUGGUUUUGAAAGUAACCUAAGACGCUUCUUGAUACCUGGGGAAAAGGGCCCGGGAAAAUUCAGUGUAGACCUCAAAUGAAGAAUAAACUUCAAAACAAUUGUAGAUUGCACGUUAAUAUUGUGAAUGCGGUAGCUAUGCUACUUUUCUAUUUACUCUUAUUUUAUUGACAAUCUGUCUUUGUUAAUUAUGUAUAAGACAGCUUAUUCCCAAUAUAAAGCUUAAAAAUCGA